CUUUUGAUCGCAGAACAAGUCACUAGUCGGGAAUCACUGCGUAGUUGCUAAUUUUGUUGGUUUCUAGUAGGACCUAACUUAAUUGUAUCAGGCAACCCAGCUCGCUUUAAAGACUGUGGUCUGGCCCAGACGCUAAUGCCGGGAAGGAGUUGUGACUUGCUUGAUUUGAUUUGGUGCUGUUGUUGGCGAUGGGAUAGAAUCAGGCUGAUGAGUCCUAUACAGUGUACAAUUGCAGUCGUGAUCUCGCAGUUAAGAUGUCCCUGUUUAGUCGAUUCUUUUAUCGAAGGCCUCCUGAUGGCUUGUUGGAAGUUGUUGACAGAGUAUACGUUUUUGAUUCAUGCUUUUCGACAGAAGUUUUACGAGAGGGAAUGUACCAUAUCUACUUGCAUGAAAUUAUUACUGAGCUUCAUGAAGAAUAUUCGGACUCCUCAUUUCUUGCCUUCAACUUCCGAGAAGGAGAAAAGAGGAGCCAGUUUGCUGAAAUUCUGUGUGAAUACGAUGUCACUGUCCUGGAUUAUCCACGGCAGUAUGAAGGUUGUCCCCUUCUUCCGUUGUCUUUAAUUCAGCAUUUCUUGCGUGUUUGCGAGAAUUGGCUUUCUAUUGGGAAUCAUCAAAAUAUUAUCUUGCUUCACUGCGAGAGGGGUGGUUGGCCACUGUUGGCAUUUCUCUUAGCUAGCUUCCUGGUUUUCAAAAAGCUGCACAUUAGUGAGCAGAGGAUUCUUGAAAUUGUCCAUCGGGAAGCUCCCAAGGGUUUUUUACAGCUUUUGUCCCCUCUGAACCCAUUCCCAUCUCAGCUUCGUUACUUGCAUUAUGUAGUGCGGAGAAACAUCUCCCCUGAAUGGCCACCUUCAGAGCGGGCUCUUUCCUUGGAUUGUCUCAUUCUUCGAGCAAUUCCAAGCUUCGACUCCCACAAUGGAUGUAGGCCAAUGAUCCGUAUUUUUGGUCGAAACCUACUCAGCAAGGAUGGACUUUCAACUCAGAUGCUGUUCUCCUUGCCCAAGAAGAACAAAGCCCUUCGGCAUUACCGACAGGUGGAAUGUGAUGUGAUCAAAAUUGACAUACAAUGUUUGGUUCAAGGGGAUGUUGUAUUGGAGUGCCUCCAUGUAGACAUGGACUCGGAAAGGGAAAUCAUGAUGUUCCGCGUAAUGUUCAAUACUGCUUUCAUCCGAUCCAACAUUCUGAUGCUGAAUUCUGAGGACUUGGACAUUCUUUGGGAUGCAAAGGAGCGAUAUCCAAAAGGCUUUCGGGCUGAGGUUCUCUUUGGUGAGGUCGAGAGUAUAUCUCCUCAUAGAGCUCCAAUUGAAACUUUAAAUGGUGAAGAGAAAGGUGGAUUACCCAUUGAAGCUUUUUCUAGGGUUCAAGAGCUCUUCAGUGGUGUUGAAUGGGUUGAUAGUGAUGGGGAUGCUGCUUUAUGGUUACUAAAGCAAAUCUCUGCAAAUGCUUUACAAGAAAAAUUUGAAAAACUAAUUCUAGGUGAUGUGAAAGAGCUGUCAAGACUGCAGAGUAAGGUGAGUGUAGAAACAUCGCCAACAGACUCUGAGGAAGAAAAUGAUUAUUCAAAGACUGCUAGCAUGGAUCUUAUAGAAUCUGAAACCAUUCCAUAUGCAAAAUUUGAAGCCACACCGAUUAUGAAUUCCCUUGAUGAUCUUGUAGCUCAAGACAUUGAAUUAGAAGAUGUUACAAUUCCACAAGACUUUGUUUCCCAGCCUUCUGAUUUUCCAACUCAAACUUCAGUACCAAGUCCAGUUUGUUCUAUGCUUCCACAUUUUCAAAGCUGUGGUACCCCUGCUACAGAUUCUGCUCCACCGCAUCCAUCACCACCACCACUGCUUUGUCUAUCAUCUCGACUUGAAACUCUGGAAAACAAUGAUGCAACUAAACCACUCCCAAGCCCUUCACCAUCUUUUCCUGCAAUUGAGAAUGGAUUAGCUCCAAAUUCUCCUGCAACACAGCCUCCAGGUGGAGUAACUACACCCCUACCUCCACUCUCAUCCCUACCAUCACCCCCACCUCCUCCUUUGGUGAUCACUAAUUGUGUUCAACCCAUGACGACACCUUCACCCACUGUUUCUUGUAGACAGCCCCCUCCGCCGCCACCUCCUCCACCCCUAACUUGUGUAUCUCUUAAAGUUCCAGCUGCAUCAUAUUCUCCUUCCCCUCUUAUUAGGGACCCUCUGCCACCUCCACCACCUCUACCGUUUUAUUCUGGGAGAGAUGCUUUAACAUCGCUUACUCCUCAGCCCUCUAUUUCUGAUGUAAAUCCUCCAUUGCUUCCUCGCCCUCCCUCUCCUGUUUCUGAUAAAGAUGCAUCAUCAGCCUCUAGCUCACCUGCUCCCCUUGUUUCUGGUAGAGAUUCUCCUGCACGUCCACCACCACCCAUGCCUCCGCCUCCGCCUCCGCCUCCAUCAUCCCUUUCUACUUCUACAAGAGGCCUUUCUCCUGUGCCUUCUGGUGAUGUCUCUAAUAGAUGCCCACCACCUCCGCCUCCACCUCCCCCGAAAAUUUCUAGUAACAAUCCGUACGAGCGGCCCCCUCCACCUCCACCACCUCCCUCUGGUUCUGGUAGUUUUAUUCAUCGACCACCACCUUGGCAUAAUUCAUCUAAUAAUGCUCCUUUGCCGCCACCGCUGCCUUCUAUGAGAUCAGGCAAUUUGGCUCCUCCUCCACCUCCUCCACCUCCUCCACCUCCCAUAACUUCUAGUGGUUCUGCUCCUCCCGUUCCACCCCCGCCUCCCAUAACUUCUAGUGGUUCUGCUCCUCCUGUUCCACCCCCACCUCCCAUGGGAUCUACCCGACAAGUUUCAAUCCCUCCACUUCCACCACAAGCAAAGGGUCCCCCCCCACCCCCUGGCGGAAAGUAUUUUAGUGCGCCACCUCCUCCCCCACCAUCUAUUGGAAGGGGAAGAGCCUCAUCAGCACCAGUUUCUGUAAGCUAUGGAAGAGGUCGUGGUGCCCCCAAUGUAGCUAAGAAAGCUUCUUUAAAGCCAUUACACUGGGUAAAAGUUACUCGGGCAAUGCAAGGUAGCUUAUGGGCUGAUUCCCAGAGACAAGAAAAUGAGUCCAGGGCCCCUGAAAUAGAUAUUUCAGAACUUGAAAGUCUGUUUUCAGCUAAUUCUGAAGGGAGUGGCAAGGACAGGGGUGGAAUUCGACGGGGUUCAAACAUCAACAAACCAGAGAAAGUGCAAUUGGUACUGACAUGUUUUACUGAGUAUUCAAAUGACAUUGAUGGACUAGAAGUGGUUGCUUCUUGCUUAUACCCUGUUUUCAGGGGUAUAAAUCAAGCAUUUUCUUGUGCAGUUUUUGACUAAACAAUAUGUUAAUUGUCCUAAUUUUUUAAUGUGAACAGUUGUCUCAUUCUUUG